AUCUGGUGUUCAUUGUAGCAGAAUUGCAGUGCACUGGACUGUACAGAGCAGAUCUUAUAUUAGGGGUGGGGUUCAUCUAUACAGAAAUCACAAACAGGCAGUUUGAGGGUGAGAGGGAAAGAGAGAGCGAAGAGGAGGGAGAGAUAGCACCAGAAGAGGAAUUCAAAAAGGAAUGAAAGGAGACACCCCAGUCAACAGUACCAUGAGUGUCGGACAAGCCAGGAAGCUGGUGGAGCAACUGAAGAUUGAAGCAAGUUUUUGUCGGAUCAAGGUAUCAAAGGCGGCUGCAGACCUUAUGGCCUACUGUGGAGCCCAUGCUCUUGAGGACCCACUCAUCACCCCAGUGCCCACUUCAGAGAACCCCUUCAGAGAGAAGAAAUUCUUCUGUGCAUUGCUUUGAGCCAACUUAGGGGAAAAUUGUGAUUAGAGUCCAGAUAAACAUAUAUGUGCAGAUGUACAUGUGUUAACUACAUACACAAAUACAAUACACAAUCUAGACUGUGUUAUAGCUCUCCUGUAAGACAGUACAUCUUAAGAUGAAUUCCAUAUAAUACCCCUUUGUUCCUUGGGAAAAGUUCCCAGUUCCUUGAAAAAACUAUGAAUAUUUGAGUGAAUUCCUUAUCACAAUUGACAUGUUAUAUUGUCCUAUAUUAAAUGACGGUAUUAUAAUACAUGACAACAUCCACAAAAUAGCAGACAACCAUGAUUGAGACUUUUCAUUUCCAAACACCAACACAUGCCAACAGGUGCAGGGAAGCCAACCCUGUAAUUAUCUAUAACUUUUAAUACACUUGUAGAGAAUAUUAAUUGCUUAGUGUGUCUUUUUGUGAUAUUCUGAUAUUUGAGUGUCAUUUUUUAAAGCUUUGCUUGUUGCAGUAGUACGUUUGUGUGGGUGCUGUGAGAAGGGUGUGAUUUGGCUUUCCAGCUAAUCAACAGGAAGAGCACAGGGCAAUACAUAAAUACAUAAGUCCAAACAUUCACUGCAAAUGAAACAGCAAUGAUAUCAGUCGACUUCAACAUUUUGCAUAAAAAGGCCACCUGAUUACUUUGUUUAAAUUGGCUUGAGUGAGGAAAUACGAUUCUCUGUAGCUUAUGGCAG